AUGAAUAAGUUAAAAAAUUGGUUAUCAAAGAAAAAAUCAAUCGAUGAUGAAGAAAGUCACCAUACAACGACUAUUGAAAAUUCAAAUACAAAUACAAAUACACAUUCUAAAGUAACAAAUCCAAUAAAACCCCAUCAAUCGAAACCUGUAAAGAAGAAAGUUCAAAAGGAUCUUCAUCAUACUACCAUGUCUAAUACUCAAGAAGAAUCUAUCUACGUUUUAAGUGAAACAAGCACAGCAACAAGUUUAUCGCCAAUCCCCCAUUCUACAAACUCAAAUUUGACAGCUAUAAAUACUGCAAAUAAUGCAACUACAAACACUACCGUGGUAAACGACGUUGUAUCUUCUCCUUCUGCUUCAUCCAUACCCUCGCCUUCACCUUCGCCAUCAUCUUCUGCUUCAUUAUCAUUUUCACUCCCUGAAGAAAUGCCAGAUAGAUUAUAUACAGAACAAUUAGAAUUAAACGGGUUUAAACUUAUUAACAAAAUUGGUACAGGUGCCUUUUCCACGGUAUUCCGUGCCAUCCCAUUAAGAUCAAACACAAUAGUCCUUAAACAAAAUUAUAAAGAAGUGGCUAUCAAAUGCAUAAAGAAAAACGAUUUAAUCGUGACAGAAAAUAACGAAUCUAAUACAACAACACCUUCAGCUGCAGCUGCUAAAUCAUCAUCAAGACAACAAGUCCUUAAAGAAGUCACUUUACAAAAAAUGGUCUCUCAAUGUAAUAACAUUGUCAAAUUCAUUGAUUUCCAAGAAUCAUCAAACUAUUACUACAUUGUCCAAGAACUGCUGAAUGGUGGUGAAAUCUUUGGAGAGAUUGUCCGUUUAACCUAUUUCAGUGAAGAUCUGUGUAGACAUGUUAUCACUCAAUUGGCUAUCUCUGUUAAAUAUUUGCAUUCGAUGGGUGUUGUCCAUCGAGAUAUUAAGCCAGAAAACUUGUUAUUCCAACAGAUUGAAUAUUCACCGUUGUCACAACAAGAUUUUAAAGCCACUUUAAGGAAAUCAGAUGAUCCAACAACGAAAAAAGAUGAAGGGAAAUUUAUAUACGGUGUGGGAGGUGGCGGAAUUGGGAUAGUCAAGCUGGCAGAUUUCGGUCUUUCCAAACAAAUAUAUUCAACAAAUACAAAGACGCCUUGUGGUACAGUAGGUUAUACGGCUCCAGAAGUGGUCAAAGAUGAAAGGUAUUCUAUGAAAGUAGAUAUGUGGGGGGUCGGCUGUGUUCUUUAUACCAUGCUAUGUGGGUUCCCACCCUUUUAUGAUGAACGUAUUGAUAUUUUGACUGAAAAAAUCGCUAAUGGUGAAUAUACAUUUUUAAAACCUUGGUGGGAUGAAAUUAGUGAUGGGGCAAAGAAUGCUGUUAGGAGAUUACUAGAAGUAGAUCCAAACAAAAGAUAUGACGUUGAUGAAUUCUUGAAUGAUCCUUGGUUGAAAAACUAUGAUUGUUUCACUGAACAAGAAAGGCAACAAAACGAUAACCUGGAUAUCAUUAGAGCAAUCAGUAAUAUCUCCACUUCCAUAUCCAAUGUCCACAUUCAAGAAAAUAAUAAUUUUGCAUCAUCUAAAAUCGAUCAAGAGUCAACACAACCUAUAUCAACCAAGAACCCCUAUGAAAAAGAUGAUGAAACCGCAACUCAUCAUAAAAAGAAUAAUACCAUACCAGUGGACCAAAAACAAAAAUUGGCAUUCUUACAGCGUGACAGUGCUCUGCUAUACUCACCAGCAGCGGUGGCUAUGAGAGAUGCAUUCGAUAUAAGUAAUGCAGUACAGAGACAAGAAGAAGAAAAAGUAAAUAACACAGCUACAAAUACUCCAACUAGUAAAAAUGGUAAUUUCCAAUUGGAUUCUCUAUUGGAAAAUGAGGAAUAUUCUGCAAGCCCCUCCUCCUCUUGUGUUUCCAUCACUCAUUCAAAUGAUGUCUUCCAACUAUCAUUAGAUUCAUCCACCAUUGUCAAGAGAAGAAAAGACAAGACAAGAACUGGCAUUUCUCUCAACAAUACUCCUUCCAAGUUAUCUCAUGUCACGACAGCUCCAAUAAUCAAAGAUUAG